AUAGUCCAUAACUAGGCCAUAGACGUUUGGAUUUUCUCGCCUGUCAUUCAAUCUGUGGUUGGCUUCAACUUAGUGCUGUAGUAAAGUAAAUCAGUCUGUAUUACUUGUGAUAUCUUUUCGAAAAUGGAUUCGGGAAAUUGUGCCUCAUCGGUCUGCCUUGGAGAUAGCGAAGCCGAUAGAAAGACGGCCAUUAAGGAUGAAGGCCACGAGCACUUGCGCAAGAUCUUCAUUGGUGGCCUAUCCACUCAGACGUCCGUGGACAAGCUGCGCGAAUUCUUUAGCCAGUUCGGUGUCGUGUCCGAUGCGGUGGUCAUGCGGGAUCCGAUGAGCAACCAUUCCAGGGGCUUUGGCUUCGUCACCUUUGUGGAUCCCAAGUCCGUGGAAAUUGUCCAAAGGGCCCGUCCCCACACCAUUGAUAAUAAAAUUGUGGAGACCAAGCACGCUCUGCCACGCCAAGAAUUCAAAAGGGGUUCCGUUGUCGGAGGUUUUCGCUUUGAAACCGGUUUCGUGAAUUCGAAAAGGAUCUUUCUGGGCGGUUUGAAGGAGUAUCACGAUGAGAAAGUCGUGCGCGAAUACUUUUCGCAGUUUGGACCGGUGGCCAGCGUGAAAUUGCUCAUUGACAGGGAGACCGGGCGUCAGCGGGCAUUUGGCUUCCUCGAGUUCGUGGAUCCAUUGAGCGCCGACAAGGCCUUGGCACCGCGCAAGCACUGGAUUCUCCAGACUUUGGUGGAGGUAAAGAGAUCCACCCAGAAGCCAGACAGGCGUUUUCGCUACCCCAUUUCCAGCUCGGUCCGAGCCGGCUACAUUCCGCCCCAGCCGGCCACCGCUGAUAGCUACAACUACAACAAUCCCAACUACAAUCCCUAUCUGGCCCAGUCCGUUCUGCCGCCAUCGGCAUUCACCAACGGCUGGGCCCACUAUGUGAUUCCGAUGGCAUCCAAGCCAACACCCGGUCAGAACACGGCUCCAAAGCAUCCGUUCGCCGGACACGGUCCGGAAAUGUGGUCCACCUAUCCGAAGCCCGGUACCUACCCGGCCCAGGAGUGGACUCCCAGCAAAGUGGGCGAAUGGGCACCGAAGCCCGGGCACAAACAUGCCCAGACAUCGACCAACGAUCGUCCCAAGUUGAAUUUGAAUGGCCUCCAGGCAGCUACUUCCAAUGACAAGCUGGACUUGGGCGCCGGUGGCGAUGGAGAUCGCAAGUCUGGAAUUGGUUUGGGAUUGGGUUCGAGCGGCGGUGCCGACGUGGGAGCUGGCUUGGAAUUGGGUUUGGGUUUGACAGCCGGUGCCGCCGUGGGAGUUGGCGCUAUCAAGAAGUGGCCCAACCAGGACUAUAAGGUCUUCAAGCCAGCUAAAUCUCCCACCAACGGAGUGAUUCCGAAGAUCGGCAAGGGGGCUACCCCACCACCAUACGGUAUCUAAGUGGAGGACGAAGUUAUUCCCAAUUUACUGCCGCAGUUUAAUGCCCUUUGCUAAUUUGCAGGCGAUUCCGUUCGAGAUAUUUAAUAAAUAAUAAAUCAGGGUCCUUUUGAGACUUAAAAUCGUAAACUCUUGUUCUUUAUUUAUACUAUUUCUGUGUUUUUUUGUUUCCAUUUAAAGUAUUGCAUGUAUUGCAUGAGUGAAUUGAUUUUGCGUAAAUGUUUUAUAUCUGAAACGCUAUAAAACGCACCAAUGAAUUAUGACUGGAAUUUUUGCGACUUCUUCGACUGGCUAGUUAUUAAUUAAAGUUAGGCAAAUUGCUCGGCUUUGUGCGCAUCAAUUUCACUUAAAUGCUGAAUGCUCAGUAGUUCCUCAGUUGUUUCAACACAAAGGCAAUGGGAAUCGUAUUCAGUCGCAGGAUAAGUAAGUCGCCUCAAAGUAAAAUUAUACUUUAAUAUCCUUUUCUUUCAGAUUUCUAAAUUUCUACGACUUGGUGUUUCUUCUUUUAAACGCAUAUACCAGAAAUACGAAAUACGAACCGAUCUAAAACAAAGAUGUGUGUUGUGUGUGCGUUUUUGAAAUGAAACAAAAUCAUAAGUUUUCUGGUAAACACUCUGAAUCUUUGUGGUUGUUUUUUAUUAUUAUAGUUAUUUUGUAGUUGUAUACAUAUAAAUUAAAUUAUAAUUAAGUGUUUCCCUCCUUUUCUCUGUACUCUUUACAAACUGCAGUAUUGUGAUUUCAUCGGUUUACUUAGAAAUGAGCAUGCACUCUAAUUGUUUGUUUUUCGUUUACUCUUACAUCGAUUUAGUUAGUACCUCUGAUUUGUAUUGUAUUGUUUGAUGCUGUUUUCAUGUUUUUUUUCUUUUGUAUUAUUAUUAUUUCUAUGAUGUUGUUGCUGGCCACGGAGCACUUUCAGCACUGAUCGUUGAGCUAAGAUUUGACCACUAACACUUUCGUUUUACAAAAAAUGCACUAAAAUUGCUUUAGACCCUGUUCACAGUGCUAGAAAUGCGUGGUGUUGUAGAAAUAGUUGUGGAAAUUGCGAUUGUAAUUGAUUUAGCAAUUGAUUCUCUAGGGCAGGCGUCGAACAACAAAAACAAAUGAUAUGUUCCCAACGAAUUAAAAAGUCCUUAAGCUUUAACAAAACAAGAAUAACUUAGGCAAUUAUAUAUAUUUGGACGCCUGCGACAAAACUCAAAACUGAUGCUCACACGAAUUUAAAUGUUUUCAGUUUCCUAUUCGCUUUUCUGCCUUUUUUUUAUUUUGCAGCAGCAGUUAUAUAAAUAUAUAUAUAUAUAUUUAUGUAUAUUUAGAUUUCUGGUAAGUCUAAAAGUUAACAUUAAAUUAUAUGAGUUUUUGCUUUGUUUAUAUAUAUUUUGUAUAUAUUUGUUGUUACAUGUUUUGCUUGUUUUACCUUGAGAAAAAUGUUAGUAGCUUGUGUUUCGUCCCCCAACUAUUUAUUAUAAUAGGUUCUUGUGUGUUUAUAUGCUUCACAUCUCUACUCAAUUCGUUUCCUUCUUUUUUUGGGCUUUUCUUGAUUUUAUUUAAAAAAUAUGUACUAAAUUUUAGUUCACAACUGCGUUGGAAACACCAAAUCGUUUAAGUUGCUUGACUUAGUUUGGUUUACGACCUUGAACUCAUUACACAGAACGAAUAAAAGAAAAGCGAAAACACUGUCCGUCCGUCCGCCCGUUCAUUCCUCAACAUCGAUUGCAUCGACCACGCCCCCGCCUGCGGCGCCGGCACCGCAUUUGCCCUCAUCACACGCUCUCAUCUCCCACACUCUUCCGACCCCAACCGGUUCGAAGCGAACCGAACCGUUUCGAACCGAUACACCUAUAUAGACUAGCUAGUCUGCAAAUUAGAUUUAAGUAGCAAAAGGUUUACAGGCUCUAAAAUGCGGCGGACUUUCUUCUGGGGCUCUAUAAACGUCGACGUCGAUGUGUGUUUGUGUUUUCCUCGCUUUUCCUUCUUGCGGCUUGGUGCUCAAUUGAUUUUCCUUUCAUUUUCAAUGUUUUUUUUAAGAGGUUUGUGUUCUUGUGUGCUUUGCUUUGCUUAUAUCGUGAUCUUAUUUUUGCUUGUUUUUAACCGCGCCUUACAUUUUUCUCGUGUUUACAUUCCUUUUUUUUUAGUUUUUAAAUUAUUUUUCUUUCAAGUCUUUCUUUUGCUCUUUUUUAUUGCAUUUUACAAAGGUUUUUCAUUUUUUUUUUGUUUUUUUUUCUUUUCCUUCUGUUUAUAUCUUUUUAGCUAAGUGUGUAAGUUUUUUCUUUUAAUUUCUUUUUGUUUUUAGCUUAAGUAAUGGUGUUAUUCAAUGAAAAAACAAACAAAAAUGUGUUGCAUUGCUCCUUUCCUUCGUUUCAAACCAAUUUCUCGCAUCUUGCGUACUUAAGAUAGAUUUUAGCUGAAGGUUAUUG